UAUCAAUUUGAGUUUCUCGCUCAAAGACGAUUUGGAGGUUUUGUGUCCAGGUCAGCUUAGAACAAACGGCUGCAAGCGGAUACCAUUGCGUGAAUGUGACAGUUCCCAGAAGCAUUGGCUAUACUUCUGUGCUUGAAAUUUCUGGAGAAAUAAACAACGCAUCCAUCUCCCAAAAACGCGACCUGAUUCCAGUGUCCGUCAUGGAGACUUUUAUUCAAACCGACAAGUAUCUGUACAUGCCAGGCCAGUUAGUGCAGUUCCGCAUCCUGACCAUUACUGGAACGAGAGCUCGUUCUAAUGAAGAUAUUCCUGAGAUAUGGAUCAACUCACCGAAAGGCAGGAACUUACCAGAUUUCGGGGUGAGAACCGAAGAGACAGGAGCAUCGCAGAGUUUCAAAGUGGAAGAAUAUGUGUUGCCAAGAUUCAGCCUCACCAUUCAGCCACCCCCUUAUGUUUCUGGCAACCGACAAAGAAAUCAUUUUCCUCUGUAUGUGCCAAGGGUGGUGGAUGAAAGCAUUGAACUGCUCUCUGGAGGUCAGCGAGGAACCCCGACACUUGGAACAAUAUUCCAGUUGUUCGAAGUAGCAAAAGUUAUAGAGUGGGAAAAGUCACAAGUCGAUGAUUAUCUUUAUUGCAAUGGCAAUGACGAAAACCCUGUUAUCGAUUAUGAUUAUGGUACUGCAGCGCCAGUAAGUCGAAUAAAAAGUGCUCAUGGAUACAGUAAUUAUAUUGAUGCCUUGAAAUAUUUCGAUGAGGCCGGAGUGUAUGUUAUAAGCGAUCUGACGCUGGAGACAAGGCCGUGUCAGUACUAUUAUUUUCAGUAUGAUUAUGUAUACGCUGACUAUGAUAACGUGGGUGGAGGUGCAGGUGGAUUUAGAGCUGCCAAUGGCGGUGUGGGUGGAGGUGGAGGUGGAGACCCUGAGUAUGAUAAUGUGGGUGGAGGUGGAGGUGGAGCUGCCAUUGGCGGUGCGGGUGGAGGUGUCGAUGGAGACGUAUUAGUAGCAGCCCCGACAGCUCCCGCUGGAGCUCCCGCACCAGCUCCUGACUCUACAACUGAAUUGGACAAAGCCACAAGUCCGGAAAAAGUGGAGCUGGAGAGGACCUACUUCCCCGAAACGUGGCUGUGGGAAAUCGUUGUUAUUGACGAGAGUGGCGAGACGGUGAAGGAGGUCGAACUUCCGGACACAGUAACGACGUGGGUGGGCGAGGCCGUCUGCCUCCAUCCAGAGUUGGGCAUCGGACUGAGCCCCAAGUCCUCCAUCACCUCCUUUGUGCCCUUCUUCCUAGACCUCAGUCACCCAGCCACUGCCCGCAGGAACGAGAAGGUCCCCGUCCUAGUCUCUGUCUUCAAUUACGUGAACGAAAGUCUGCCUGUGACUGUUCAGUUGCUGCCAAGUGCCGAAUACACGUCCCCAACAUAUUCGAUGAAGACCUGCGUCUCCGGCAGCAAAAAGGAAGUAAUGAAGUUCCUGGUGGUGCCUCUGGAGGCCGGGGACGUCAACCUCACCUUCAGUGCCUCCAUAGACACUGCCAAUGGAAGUUGUGGCGGGACAGUUGACGUCGAAAGGAGCGACACCGUCAUUCGCCCUUUGAAAGUGAAAUUCGAAGGAAUAACUAAAGCAUCGACACAUGGACAUUACUUAUGUGGCAGACCGACCCUUGAGAACCUGGGAAACCUGAUCCGAAUGCCUUAUGGCUGUGGUGAACAAAAUAUGCUGAACUUUGCCCCAAACAUAUACGUGAUGCAAUACCUGGCAUCGUCAGGUCAGCUCACUCCCAGCAUCGAAGCUCAGCUUCUGAACUACAUGAAAACAGGUAAGGAACUCCUUUUGUUAGUGAGGGGAGGUGUCGAUGGUUCAGCAGCGUCGCUCGCGCCUCUCACGGCCUACGUCCUCAUAUCUCUCCUGGAAGGGAAUCUGACAGUGGACUCCCAGGUCAUAGCAAACGCCGUCGCUUGCAUCACCACAGCCACCACGAGCAACAGCACCUAUAUCAAGGCCCUGACGGCAUACGCUCUCUCCUUGGCGGGCGACAGCAGCGCCACUGCUACGCUCAUUUCAGAUGUGUACAACAGUCUGACAUCAGGAAGUCCAGGUCUGUCUCAAGCUCUGACGGUUGAAGCUGCCGCCUACCUCCUUCUGGCCAUGCUGAAUGAAAAUCCAGGAUCUUACACUACCUGGGCGUUCAAUAUUGCCAAGCUCAUAUCAACUUACCACAAUGGACAGGGAGGAUUCGUCUCGACACAGGUUAGUUCUCUUGGUCAUGCUCAUGGAUACAGUAAUUAUAUUGAUGCCUUGAAAUAUUUCGAUGAGGCCGGAGUGUAUGUUAUAAGCGAUCUGACGCUGGAGACAAGGCCGUGUCAGUACUAUUAUUUUCAGUAUGAUUAUGUAUACCCUGAGUAUGAUAAUGUGGGUGGAGGUGGAGGUGGAGCUGCCAUUGGCGGUGCGGGUGGAGGUGUCGAUGGAGACGUAUUAGUAGCAGCCCCGACAGCUCCCGCUGGAGCUCCCGCACCAGCUCCUGACUCUAUAACUGAAUUGGACAAAGCCACAAGUCCGGAAAAAGUGGAGCUGGAGAGGACCUACUUCCCCGAAACGUGGCUGUGGGAAAUCGUUGUUAUUGGCGAGAGUGGUGAGACGGCAAAGGAGGUCGAACUUCCGGACACAGUAACGACGUGGGUGGGCGAGGCCGUCUGCCUCCAUCCAGAGUUGGGCAUCGGACUGAGCCCCAAGUCCUCCAUCACCUCCUUCGUGCCCUUCUUCCUAGACCUCAGUCACCCAGCCACUGCCCGCAGGAACGAGAAGGUCCCCGUCCUAGUCUCUGUCUUCAAUUACGUGAACGAAAGUCUGCCUGUGACUGUUCAGUUGCUGCCAAGUGCCGAAUACACGUCCCCAACAUAUUCGAUGAAGACCUGCGUCUCCGGCAGCAAAAAGAAAAUGCCUUAUGGCUGUGGUGAACAAAAUAUGCUGAACUUUGCCCCAAACAUAUACGUGAUGCAAUACCUGGCAUCGUCAGGUCAGCUCACUCCCAGCAUCGAAGCUCAGCUUCUGAACUACAUGAAAACAGAUGCUGAGUAUGAUAAUGUGGGUGGAGGUGGAGGUGGAGGUGGAGCUGCCAUUGACGGUCCGGGUGUCGGUGACGGUGGAGGCGUAUUAGAAGCAGCCCCGACAGCUCCCGGUGGAGAUCCCGCACCAGCUCCUGAUUAUACAGAUGAAUUGGACAAAGCCGUAAGUCCGGAAAAAGUGGAGCUGGAGAGGACCUACUUCCCCGAAACGUGGCUGUGGGAAAUCGUUGUUAUUGGCGAGAGUGGCGAGACGGCCAAGGAGGUCGAACUUCCGGACACAGUAACGACGUGGGUGGGUGAGGCCGUCUGCCUUCAUCCAGAGUUGGGCAUCGGACUGAGCCCCAAGUCCUCCAUCACCUCCUUCGUGCCCUUCUUCCUAGACCUCAGUCACCCAGCCACCGCCCGCAGGAAAGAGAAGGUCCCCAUCCUGGUCUCCAUCUUCAAUUACCUGAACGAAAGUCUGCCUGUGACCGUUAAGUUGCUGCCAAGCCCCGAAUACACGUCCCCGACAUAUUCGACGAGGACCUGCAUCUCCAGCAGCGGAAAGGAAGUGGUGCAGUUCUUGGUGGUGCCUCUGGAGGCCGGGGACGUCAACCUCACUUUCAGUGCCUCCAUAGACACUGCCGACGGAAGUUGCGGUGGGAUAGUUGACGUCGAAAGGAGCGACACCACCAUUCGCCCUUUGAAAGUGAAAUUCGAAGGAAUAACUAAAGCAUCGACACAUGGGCAUUACUUAUGUGGCAAUGACAGCGCCUUUACGUGGUCCGUCGAAAGUUAUCCUGGGACUGUCAACGGCUCUGAUAAAAUUUACAUCUCUGCUUCUGCUGACCUCCUAGGACCGACCCUUGAGAACCUGGGAAACCUGAUCCGAAUGCCUUAUGGUUGUGGUGAACAAAAUAUGCUGAACUUUGCCCCAAACAUAUAUGUGAUGCAGUACCUGGCAUCGUCAGGUCAGCUCACUCCCAGCGUCGAGGCUCAGCUUCUGAACUACAUGAAAACAGGCUACCAGCAAGAGCUACUCUACCAGCACACUGACGGAUCCUUCAGCGCAUUUGGUAAUUCGGACGCCUCAGGAUCUACUUGGCUCACAGCAUUCGUGCUGAAGUCCUUCAGUCAAGCCGAUAGUUACAUCACUGUGGAUAAAAAUCUCCUCCUUUCAUCCAAAACUUGGCUACUGUCGCUUCAAAACAAGGACGGCUGCUUCCAAUCUGUCGGCUUUGUGAUUCACAGCGACAUGCAGGGAGGUGUCGAUGGUUCAGCAGCGUCGCUCGCGCCUCUCACGGCCUACGUCCUCAUAUCUCUCAUGGAAGGGAAUCUGACAGUGGACCCCCAGGUCAUAGCAAACGCCGUCGCUUGCAUCACCACAGCCACUACGAGCAACAGCACCUACAUCAAGGCCCUGACGGCAUACGCUCUCUCUUUGGCGGGCGACAGCAGCGCUGCUGCUACACUCAUUUCAGAUGUGUACAACAGUUUGACAUCAGGAAGUCCAGGUCUGUCUCAGGCUCUGACGGUUGAAGCUGCCGCCUACCUCCUUCUGGCCAUGCUGAAUGAAAAUCCUGGAUCUUACACUAACUGGGCGUCGGAUAUUGCCAAGCUUAUAUCAACUUAUCACAAUGGACAGGGAGGAUUCGUCUCGACACAGAUUACCCACCAGUACAACGUCAAAGAAGAGCCAGAGAGCUCUGCUUUUAAAAUGUCUGUCAAGACGGACAGAGAAAACUGCUCAUCUAACAGUUCCCUGGAAAUUUGUGCUUCUUACACCAAUGAGGACUCCGUAUCCAACAUGGUUGUCAUGGAGAUCGACCUCCAAACAGGAUACUCGGCAGAUGAGGACGACUUGAGAGGUCUCGUCGCUCAGCAAAUCAUCAAGCGUUACGAGGAGAAAGAUGAGAUUGUCUUCCUUUACCUUGAAUCGGUCGGUGGCUCCGAAGUCUGUGGCUCCUUCCACGUCCUGAAGGGCUUCGAAGUCCAAGAUCUUCUGCCCGGCACCGUCACCCUCUACGAUUAUUACACACCUGAAUUCAGGCUGACUCAGUCAUUUGAAAUUGAAGACACAUGUGAGUCAGCGUGAAGUGUGUGCUUGGCUCCUUUUGGUAAACGAUGGAUGGGAAAUGACUGCACUGCAAUAUGUACAAAAACAGUGAAAAAACAAAAAAUAAUUCAAGUUAUUGGUCUUAGAGACGCAUCGCAUUUCAGACAAAAAUGUUAAAUGUUUUUAUUGGUUAUUAUUUCUGAUUUUAUCGGACACGAACCCUUCCUCAUUUGAUUUCUGAAGGUACAUCAAUAACAUGGCGACCAUUUCCUUG